UUAAAAAAUACAAAAAUAAAAUGGGCAGAAGAGAAAGUGUUGGCUUUGUUAUGCCAUCCGGUUCCUGACCCACCUAUCCCCUCCUCUCUGCCUCUAACCCAGAAGACCUUCCUCUCUUUCCCUCCUCUCCGUUGAAUCCAUUUUCUAAAAAAAUGGUCGAUUCAAAAUAACACCAGUUGUUUCCGAUUUGCCGAUUUGGUGCUGAUUGUGGGUUUUCUCCUUUCUUUCUCACAAUCCACCCCUUUUUUUCCUUCACAAAUCGGAACUCCUAUGAGGAGAGGAAGAGUAGCCACCGCUGCCGCCUCCGCAGCUAAACAAGUGGUGGAGCCAAAUGGAUCUGUACCUCAAAAUAGCAUAAAGGGUAAAGAACCCAGAUAUAGAGGAGUUCGUAAAAGACCAUGGGGUAGAUUCGCCGCCGAGAUCAGAGAUCCCUGGAAAAAAACAAGGGUUUGGCUCGGCACCUUCGACUCCGCUGAGGAUGCCGCCCGUGCCUACGACGCCGCCGCCCGGUCUCUCCGUGGGUCAAAGGCUAAAACUAAUUUUCCCUUCUCUACCUCUCAAUUAUCUCCUUUCACCUACCAAAACCCAUCCGACACGUUAAUUGAUCACAGGUUAUAUACAUCAAAUGGGUUUCAAGAGCAUCACGUAAAUCCCCAAAGACCCACAUCUAGCAGCCAGAGCAGUACAGUGGAGUCUUUUAGCGGUCCCAGGCCACCGGUGCCGGCGACAACGACAAAAAAAUCGGGGCUUCUGUUGACGACUACGGCUCCGAGAAAAUACCAUCGGAAAACUCCACCGGUUGUGCCAGAGGAUUGUCAUAGCGAUUGUGAUUCAUCGUCUUCGGUGGCUGACAAUGGAGACAUUGCAUCAUCGUCUUCCUUGUGCAGAAAGCCCUUACCUUUCGAUCUGAAUUUUCCACCGUUGGAUCAGGUUGACUUUCCAAUUGAUGAUCUCCAGUGUACUGCUCUAUGCCUUUGAUGAUUAUGAUGAUGACGAUUACGAUUAUUAAAUGAUAAAAAAAUUAAUUUUUUUUUAACAUUAUUGUGCGGAUCAAAAAAGAAAAAAAAAAAAAAGAAAAAUAUCAGAUUAGGUUAAGAUAAGCUGAUAUUAAUCUGUAUGAGUAUGCACGUUUGGUGUUUCAUUUAUAUGAUAUUGUUGAUCAGAUUAUGAUGGACACUUUAGUUACUAGUUACCAAUCCAUCUCUGUAAAUAAAAUGCCUGAUUUAGUUUUUCUUCUUUUAAUAGAAAAGAAAUUGAUUUUUUUCUUCCUA